CGUGUGGUUUGUCAAUACUGCUCAGGAUUUUGAUGGACUGUAAAAGAGAGAAAACAGAAAGGAGAGAAAAAGAAAUAUUUUAUUUGUCUGAACAUUAGACCUUUAGCUGUAUUAUUUUUUGCUAUCAUUGGCUUUUAAUUUUAUUUUUUAAUACUGGAACUUAAAAAUUAAGAAAGCACAGCAAAUGCAUUCAGGAUUUAAUAUGUGCGACGUGAAAUCUUUCUGCAUCGAGAGGAUGUUGCUGUAGUGGAUGCAGCGUUUCUCCAGUAAGCAAGAAGACUGUUUUGUUUUCCUCGGCAGGCGACUCAGCCAUUGCACAAGCAGAUUUUGAUAAGAGUUUGAAAUGCCUACUACUGUAUCGUUGUAGAAUUUGGAGUUUGCUAACAGUGUUAGUGACUGGAGCUCAUCUUGCAUCACCAGUUGAUGACAAUUUUCUUUGUUCCCUCCCACCCAGUUGAACCAAGACUCUGUAGCUGAUACGCAAUGUCACUUACAACAUUAAUCAGAUACUGCAUUUAAGGCUGAUACACUGUAGCCAUACAGUUCACAAAAUUACUGAGAUGGUUUUGCUGAAAAUACCUGUCAAUACCACUUUUAAAAGACUCUAACAGAAGAACAGCCUGAUUUUAGGAUAUGUUUUAUCUGCUUUCUGGAGGGAAGUGGCAGAAGGUAGCACAGAGCUAUCUAUGCUGAGAAACACUUUCUCUAUCUUCCUGGCCGAAAGGCCUGGAAGGAGAGUCACGCAUUGAAGUCCUGUGUUAGGUCCAAGAGGAAUUCUGAGGGACGUGCACAGCACUGCAUUGAUGGCCGUGGAGCAGGCGCCGGGUGUUUCCUCCUCGGUGUGAAUUUACAGCGGUUGCCUGCGAAGAGCUUGGCGGAGAGGCGCCGGCCCCCGCUGGCCGCGGUAGCGGAGCGCGGCGCGCUCGCCGCGGAGUCGGGCCAGGGAACACGCGCGGCGGCGGCGGAGGGCGCGGGCCCGGCCCUGCCCGGCAGACCUCGGGCAAUCCCAUUGCCGGGAUCGGCACAGCAAAAUGGCGGCCGCGCCGUCCGGCCGCCGCCGGGCCGGGAUCGCGGCCCCGGCCGCGGCCACCGUCCGCCUGCCGCCCGCGGAGAGCCCGCGGGCCCGGUGUUAAUGGCGCGGGGACGGGGCGCUCCUGCGCGCGGGCCGAGGCUGCGCCGGCGGGGACGGAGCGGCGGCAGAUGACAGUCAUGUCCCAUUCAAAGGACCUCAAGGAUGACUUCCACAGUGACACUGUACUUUCCAUUUUAAAUGAACAGCGCAUUCGGGGUAUUUUAUGCGAUGUCACCAUAAUCGUGGAAGACACCAAAUUUAAAGCCCAUAGUAAUGUGCUGGCAGCUUCAAGCCUUUACUUUAAAAACAUCUUUUGGAGUCGUACUAUCUGUAUUUCAGGUCAUGUACUGGAGUUAGAUGAUCUCAAAGCUGAAGUGUUUACAGAGAUACUGAAUUACAUCUACAGUUCCACAGUAGUUGUUAAGAGGCAGGAAACUGUAACGGACCUUGCAGCUGCAGGGAAAAAACUGGGAAUAUCAUUUCUAGAAGAUCUUACAGAUGUAAAUUUUUCAAGUUCCCCCUGUCCCUAUUCAUAUUGUGUUAAUGAAAAAGGGACUGUCAAAGAGGAAAAACAUGAAAAGCGUCAUGAAGAUUCUGCUGUGACAAAUGGACCACGAAUUACAAAUGCAUUCUCAAUUUUUGAAACAGAAAACAAUUUGUUUUCUCCCCUUGAUUUGAGGGCCAGCUUUAAAAAGGUAUCUGACACAAUACAAGCUCCCAGCAUCGGCCUCGACAGAAGCGAUGUGUGCAAAGAAGCUGAGCCAGCCAGUACCUUGGCUGAACACUCCUAUGCAGUUUCUUCCGGGGGAGAUAAUUCACAAGGAGCACCUUUUGUUGACCAGGACAGCAGCCCUUCAUACCAGGUGGGUGAGGACCGCUAUGAAAAUCACCAAGCCACCCCGGUCAUUCAGCAGGGAAAACAAGCAGGUAGUACUCCUAAGUCAGCCUUUAAGCCCCAGGGUACUGGUGUGGCUGUAGCAAAAGUACCAGCCUCCACUGUAACCGCUGCAGAAGCCCAGCACCAAGCAGUUAGUGAUCAGACAAUUACUUCCUUUCCAAAAUCUCAAAAUAAAACAGGAGAUUUACAUGUAUCUAGAGAAGAGGGAAACACUUCUGCUAAUGUCUCUGCAUCUGGGGCGACAGUCACUCCACCUGUUUACAGUUGUAACUAUUGUGCAAAAUCAUUCAAUGACCGGGCAUUACUCACUGCUCACCUUCAGCUCCACUCAGAGCGUCAGGAAACUUUCAUAUGCAAAUACUGCAGCAAACAAUUUGCAAAUCUAAAUAUACUGGAAAGUCAUGAACAAGUCUGCAUGAGAUCAAGUAACUUAUCAGCUCACAAUGGAAAUGAACAAAAUUUUGCAGAUAACUGUACUGCUACAGAGGGACGGAAUGGAAGCUCCUGUGCAAACACAGAGCCUCUGUUGUCUGAAAACAGCAUCACUGAUUGUUCUAAUGCAAACUGCACUUUACCAGAAACGGAUCAUUUGGUUAAAGUCGUUGAUGGGCAGAUAUUAUACACUUGCGUUGUUUGCAAGCGUAGUUAUGUCACUUUGUCCAGCCUCCGAAGACACGCAAAUGUGCAUUCCUGGAGAAGAACAUACCCUUGUCACUACUGCAAUAAAGUCUUCGCGUUAGCCGAGUACCGCACCCGACACGAGAUCUGGCACACUGGAGAGAGGCGCUACCAGUGCAUUUUCUGUCUGGAGACCUUCAUGACUUACUAUAUACUGAAGAAUCACCAGAAGUCUUUCCAUGCAAUUGACCAUCGCCUGUCAGUAAAUAAAAAGACGGCCAAUGGGGGUUUAAAACCAAAUAUGUACCCAUACAAACUGUAUCGACUCUUACCUAUGAAAUGCAGGCGACUGCCUUAUAAAUCCUAUCGAAAUUCUUCCUAUGAAAAUGUGCCAACAAGUACCCAGACUAAUGAAACUGCUUCAGCUAACUGUUUCAUUCCGAGCUCUCUUAGCUCUGAGCUACCACCACUGAAUUUUCAACAUAGUAUAAUAUCAAACAACAGAUCUCUGGCCUUGGAUACGUCUUCAGGUAAAAAUACAGCAUCUUCCACAAAUACUCAGAAUUCUUUCUCUGGAGGAGUCGGUAUCCUAAAUUCUGACUUGCAGAGGGACUUUAUCCCAGCUGAAAAAAGAGUUUCCACUGCUGCGAAUGACUCGGGUUCACAGGAAUGUGAUUCCUCAGUUGUGUCUUUACCUAAUGUGAAUGAAAAUUCAACCUCUGUCAUCAGUUACAGCAGUUCUGCACCCUCUGUUAUAAUGCACAGUAGCAGAGUUUCAUCAGUAAUAAUGCACAGUAAAACAGUCACUUCCAUAGAAAACAGUAAGACAGAAUCUUCAAAUAACCUACCCAGUCAGUCAGUAAGUGAUGACUGUAAGUAUGGGUCGGAUAAUUAUGGGAAGUGCAUUACAAAAUCAAAAACUAUUAAGGAUAAAAAGAAAACACUGCUGUACAACAGAGCAGAAGCAACUGAGGAUACGCAGCACAUGACAGGGUCUGAAGGUUCAUGUAGCAAAACUACAAACUCUGUCCAAGAGUCCAGUAAAACUGAAACAUACAUUGCAAAGCCUGCCUUACCUGGAACAUCUGCUGACAGCAAUGUCGCACCUCUUUGUCAGAUAACAGUAAAAAUCGGUAAUGAAGCCAUUGUAAAAAGACAUAUAUUAGGAUCUAAGCUCUUUUGUAAAAGGGGCCGAAAAUCCAAACACGAGUCCAAACAGGACAAUCUCAUUGAAGAACCAGAAAUGGAGGUAAAAGAAAAAAGCCCAUCUAGACUCUACAGCUCAGAAUGCCUGGAACUGACAGAAAUGUGUGAUGAUGUUAGUGACCAGGACUCCAGUGAUAAGCCCUGGAGACCUUAUUAUAACUAUAAACCAAAAAAGAAAUCCAAACAGCUGAGAAAAAUGAAAAAGAACAAGUGGAGGAAAAAGCACGGAAGCAAGAACACUGGUAUGGAAAGCCACAACACAUGCAGUCGAGAGUAUGCGCUCAGGAAUGCUCCCGAGGAAAAGGUGGUCAGCCAGGAGGAGAACACAGAAAUGCCUAACCUUCACUGUGAGCUCUGUGAAAGAGACCAGUCUUCCACAGCAGAAGCUCAAGAACAUGUACACUGGCAUGUAGCUGCUUCAAAGCCUUACAUUUGUGAGUUAUGCCAAAAACCAUUUCAAAGUCCAUCCACUUUAAAAAUGCAUAUGCGGUGUCACACUGGGGAAAAGCCCUACACUUGCAAAACAUGUGGUAAAUGUUUCUCAGUUCUUGGUAAUCUGCAGAAACACGAACGUAUUCACCUGGGUGUCAAAGAUUUUGUCUGCCAAUACUGUAAUAAGGCAUUCACUUUAAACGAAACACUCAAAAUACAUGAAAGAAUUCAUACUGGAGAGAAACGCUACCACUGUCAGUUUUGCUUUCAGAGCUUCUUGUAUCUUUCUACCAAAAGGAACCAUGAGCAAAGGCACGUCCGUGAACAUAAUGGAAAAGGAUACGCUUGCUUUCAGUGCCCCAAAAUUUGCAAGACUGCAGCUGCUCUGGGAAUGCACCAGAAGAAACAUCUAUUCAAAAGUCCAGGCACACAAGACAGAAAAGAACAGUUUUGCAAUGAAAGCACUAAACUUUUGGAAAAUCCACAUUUCCUUGGCUCAGAAGGAAGCAAAGUGAAAAAUACACAAAAUGUAACUCCAGAAGUUAAACUCUGAGUGACAAUUGUGCAAAAGAGAAAAAAAAUUCAAAACUAUAUAUUGGAGAAGAUAAAAAUAUAUUGAAUGGGGAAACAUAUCAGUAAGGUCAAAUUUCUUCAUCUAAAUGUGUGUCAGUAUAUGCAAAAGAAAAAAUAACACAGAAAAACUAGUAUUUGCAAUAAUAAAAAUUAAUUUGGAACACCCAAAAUACUUUUGCCACAACAGACUCUAGCAUAGAGAGAAAGAAGAAUGGCCAACUCAGACCCUUCUACUUAACAUUACAAGAAAGUAGUCGCUGAACUAUUUUACAGUUCUGGUUUUGAAUCAGAAUUGUUUGAAGCAAAAGUAGCAAGUAGGUUCAUGGUGUAUUCUGUAGAAGGAAUUUUUGCUGCAGAAACCAUACAUUGCAUUUUUUUUUUUACAAAAGUAAUGUGUUUAUAAAGGAAAUAAUUGUAAUCUUGUGUAUUCUAAAGUGAAGGUGAAAAGUGUUUCAUGGGCUUGGGUGUGCCGAAGUACAUUUGAGUUCUGCCAUGCUUUUCUGUAACUCAGCCUUUACGAAACAUAUUCAGGAGUUUAAACUACUCUUUUCCUUUCCAUAUUCAGUUUUGUAGUUACCAUAAUAACUGUUAAGUCUGAGUGGAGGUGUGAGAAGUAUUCCUGAUUUAUAUAUCUCUGAGGCAUUUAAUAAAAGUUCAGUGGAACUUGCUAUAGCCAGUCUUCCAAACUGCAUAAAUCCCCCAUGUCAGUGGCCUGGUGAACUCUUCAGGUGCGUUGGUCUAAAGAAAAUUGUUCUCAUGAAACAGAAAUCCUGUGUAGACAUGUCCACCUCUUGGUGGGUCUGCAACUCUUUAUCUUUUAGAAAUAUAGUUCUUCUCAACAGAAGGACAUAUAGACAAUUUCCCUCCUCAUCCUGGAAUAAUGCCUGGACACAAACAAUAGAGUUGCUAUUGUUUGAGUUUGAGAGGAGUAGGUAAGUAAGACUCUUGCUUCCAUAUAUAUCCCUGUGUAUAAACAAGUAUAGGGCCAGUUUGUGGGGUUCCCUGUCAUCUCCAUGCCUUAAAUGCAACAUCUAACCUUCAGAUGUCCCUUCUCAGUGAUCCCACCAACCAUUCCAGCAGUGUCCCGUGGCCACAGCAGAGACGGGCCAGGAGCUUGCUGCUGGAGGAAGGAGUGCCAGCCUUCCUGCCUCCCUCAUCCUGCCACACCAAAGGUUGUGGUGAGCCUGCAGCUGCACAGCUCACUAAGAACUGGGAGAACGGGCUUCUGAAAGACAGCACCAAAUUGUUCCAGUUAAUACUGUUUUGUGGAAGUGUGAUUCAUUUUAACUGAGAUGCUUAAAAAAGUCCAAGCAGGUGUAUGUCUGCAAGUUGCAUUUUAUAUGAUAGGGCUCUGUUGUACCGUAUCUGCAUUUCUGGUAGUCAUGUUCAUCCCUGUGAAGUGUUAAAAAAUUAGGUCAUGACAAGGGUUAGUGAUUCUUGACUUCAUUCUCUGUGAUGGUUCACAAUUUGUUACUUAACUUUGUCUUCUUGAAUAUUUUAAAAGAAACUAUAGCUUGGGUACAAUAAAACUACAGUUGAAAUGAUAAUACAGUAUUGAUUGAAGUAAUAACACAGUCCACUUACUUAUUCUGUCACUGGUGAAUGCUGUGAACCCUCUGAGAAAUUCUGGUUUCAUGGCAGCUUUGGUUCCAUUUAAAUAAGGAUAAUAGAAUAAUAAACACAGGAAAGUGUAAAGAUGUUUCAAAGAAAGUACACAAAGGUAUCUUCUAAGUGGACUUGUAUGGUGAUAAAUAUAGACCAAAGCAAAUAAGGUAGAAUAUUUAUAAAUACAAAGAUAAUUUUACAAAUAUUUUAUAUAACUGUAUAGUUCAUAAGAAAAAUAUUGUUAGCUUGUGUUAGGUUUUGGGGGGGUUUGUAUAUUUUGAUAAAAACACGACAACUUUGUAACUCUGUAUAUUCUCUACAGUUUAUAGCAAAGCAGUUUUAAGAUGGCAAUGUCAUGUUUAUAGUUCAAUUGUGGCACUUUUACUACAAGUAACAUGUUGCAGUAAUGAAUCAAGUAUUAAUGACCAAAUUAGAAUUAAAGUAAGUGUAAGAGAACGUAAAUACUAUACGUUGUCAAAGACUGUAAUUUGCUACAUAAUCACAUCUGUAUUUUUGUUUAGAAAAAAAUAUUAAAUGCAGAUGUUAAGGAUUGA